UAGAUGCAUGAAUUUAUAAUCUAUGAAAUUCAUCUUUCAUGUACUGUCUCUAGUUUCUUUUAAUGAUCAAAUCUCCUGGCAUGUGGAACUCUCUGUAUUCAUUUCAAUUAUCAAAGGCUUAUGAAAGUCAAAGAAGUACAAAUCACACAAAAUUUGAAUAAUUGGUAAGACUAUUUUCCACAGUGACAGAUAACAUGUCUUAUUUUCAAAAUUAUUAAUUUCAUUUAUUAUGAAAUAUUAUCCAUCUUUUAUGUGAUAUUGGUGUAUAAAUGAUAAAUGAUAAAACUCAUAUUUAUAUACAAUAGUUUUGAUAUUUGAAAUGGCAUACUCCACAAGAUAUCCUCUGGUGCUUGUUCUUCUAAUCUUUCCCCUGCAUAUUAUAGCACAAACUAAGUUUACUAUACCAUUAGGCAGCUCUCUCACUGCAAAUGAAGAAACCACCCCAUGGCUUUCUCAAUCUGGAGAUUUUGCAUUUGGUUUCAAGCAAAUUCAAGGUCAAAACAUGUUCUUGCUUUGCAUAUACUAUGCCAAAAUACAAGAUGCCACCAUAGUUUGGUAUGCAAAUGAUGGUCAUCCGGUGCCACGAGGCUCAAUCGCGGAGUUAAAUCCUCAAAAUGGACUAAUUCUUCGCGAUUCUCAGGGUAAAAUGAUCAUUUGGAGCGCUAGUCCAAUUGUAGCUAAUGUUGCUUAUGCUGUCAUGAAUGAUACAGGAAACUUUGUUCUUGUUGGUGUUGAUUCUUCAGUUUUAUGGGAAAGUUUUCGACAUCCAACUGAUACCCUUAUGCCUACUCAAAUGCUAGAGAUUGACAAUAAGCUGGUAGCUCGAAAAUUGGAGUCUUUGUUUGUUCCUGGUAGAUUCUAUCUUCGUAUGCUGAGUAAUGGGAAUUUGGUGCUUGUUACUCAAUCCAAGCCAACGAAUUUCGAUUAUGAUACUGAGUAUUACAACAGUCAUACUUCUGCUCCCGGAGAUGAAGCCAAUUCCGGUUAUCGAUUGAUCUUCGAUGAGUUUGGUUCAGUUUAUAUAUUAAAAAGGAACAAUCAAAGACUUGUGCUGACACCUCCCAAUGUCCCUUCAGUUUCAGAAAAUUAUCACAGGAUAAGUCUGGAUUUUGAUGGUGUUUUAACUCAUUAUUAUCAUCCCAAGAGUACGUCGACGGGGAACCAAAGGUGGACUACUCUUUGGUCUCUGCCUGAUAACAUAUGUCUAGCAAUUCUUGAAGAAACUGAAAGUGGAGCUUGUGGUUUUAAUAAUGUGUGCCAUCUAGGUGAAAAUCAGAGGCCAUAUUGUGAUUGUCCAAAAGGGUAUUCGUUGAUUGAUCCGAAUAAUAAGUAUGGGAGUUGCAAACCAAAAUUUAUUCCAAGUUGUGAUGAACUUGGACCGGGGAAUCCUGAAGAUUUAUAUGAUUUUGAUGUGGUGACGGAUAUUGAUUGGCCAUUAUCAGAUUUCGAGAGGAUUCAUCCUUCUGCUGAAGAAGAAUGCAAGAAGGCUUGUUUAGAAGAUUGUUUUUGUGCUGUUACUAUUUAUAGAAGCAAUAGUUGCUGGAAGAAGAAACUACCAUUGUCAAAUGGGAGAGUAGAUACCUCUUUGAAUGUGAAAGCUUUCCUUAAAAUAAGGAAAGUUUCAACAUAAGAGCUUUUUAAAUUUAAUAUAACUAGUCAAUCGCGUUAAUUAAUAAUAAAUAUAUAAAAAUAAAUUAUUAUAUUA